AUGAACGGUAUCGGCUUUGCCACGGGAGAACUAGUGCUUAGUCCCUUGCCUAACACGCAUCUGGAGGUUGAAAUGCGAGAAACUUGUUUCCGCGGCAGAGAGAUUUCAGAUACAGGUCUUCUCUGCUUAACCUCAGCAUUACUAUAUCGCGGUCUCUUCACCAAGCCGUGCCCGCAUGUAGAGACCGGUAUAAAAGCUGUUUCAGUGUUUGGCAUUGGUGUCGAUGAUUGCCUGUGGAGUCGCAGCGCAACAACUUCAAGCUGGUUCUGUGCUCGUUUCGGUGCAGAAAGAUGCGGAGAAAGACGUGUCUGGCUAGAAUUGAUAUUCGAUAUCUUUGGUGUUAGGCCAUUCGCGGUGAACGAUACAACUCUACUUAACUAG